AUGCAUUCAGGAAGGAUGUUUCUCGAGCCUCAGAGUUUCUCUCUAAAACCUUCAAUCAAAGUCGUUGUGUUCGGUUUCCUUCUCCUGGGAUUCACCUGCAAAGGUCAGUCCCUGCAGACGGAGCGUCCUCGGCUCGUUGCAGCGAUGCUCGGUGAUGAUGUGGUUUUACCGUGUCACCUGGGAGUUUCUGUGAACCCCGAUGAGUUGGUGCUGGAAUGGGGGAGACAGGAUCUUAUCCCCAGAUUUGUGUUCAUGUGGUUUGAAGGGAGUGAAAAUGUAAAUGAGAAAAACAUGGAGUUCAAGGGAAGAACGUCUCUGUUCACAGACAGACUGAGAGACGGAGACGUUUCACUGAGACUGACGGGAGUAAAACACUCUGACAACGGGAGAUUCAGAUGCUACAACCCAAAAGAGAUGAAAGAAUAUUAUGUCGACCUGCUUGUUGGCUCCGCCUCCUCACCUGGUGUCAGUUUAUCUGGACUGGACGUCAGCAGCAGUGGAGUGAUGCUGGACUGCAGCGNCGGAGCGUCCUCGGCUCGUUGCAGCGAUGCUCGAUUUGUGUUCAUGUGGUUUGAAGGGAGUGAAAAUGUAAAUGAGAAAAACAUGGAGUUCAAGGGAAGAACGUCUCUGUUCACAGACAGACUGAGAGACGGAGACGUUUCACUGAGACUGACGGGAGUAAAACACUCUGACAACGGGAGAUUCAGAUGCUACAACCCAAAAGAGAUGAAAGAAUAUUAUGUCGACCUGCUUGUUGGCUCCGCCUCCUCACCUGGUGUCAGUUUAUCUGGACUGGACGUCAGCAGCAGUGGAGUGAUGCUGGACUGCAGCGCUGCAGGCUGGUAUCCAGAACCUGAGAUGUUCUGGCUGGACGGAGACRGAAACAUCAUGUCUGCUGGACCUGCAGAGAAAAGCACAGAUCCUGAUGGUGUUUACACUGUUAGCAGCAGAGUGACUGUAGAGAAGAGAAACAACAACAACUUUACCUGCAGAGUCCAGCAGAGAGACGUCAACCAGAGCAGAGAGACACACAUUCAUGUUCCAGACGGUUUCUUCAUUCCUCAGCCUGACUGCAGCGUUUCUAUCGGCUUUAUUGUGAUUCUGGUUUUCACUCUUCUGAUUGGAGCUGCUGCUUUUAUCUGGAUAUGGAGGAAAACUGAAAUAUCAAAGAAGAAGCUAAAAGUGAAAGUGAAUGAAGAGGAGAAGAAGCUCAUGAUAAAAGAAAAGGAGAAUUUGUCUGAGAAGAAAUCAAAGCUUGAGGAAGAGAUAAAACGUAGAAAUGAGGAUCAGAGAAUCUUUGAUCAGCUGAUUAAAGCAUUAAUAGAGAUGUCAGAGGAACUGAAGGAGCAGAGAAAACAACUCAGUGAUCAAAAAGAGAAGACAGAGAGAAUGAUUGAGGAGGAUGAGGAGAAGCUUAACUCACUUAUUGAUGAAGAACGAAACCAGACGGGGAACUUGAUGGAGAAGAGAGCAACAGGAUACAUAAAACUGAAGAAUAUGAUUACAGAGAGUCUAGAGGAACUGGAUAAGAGGAAACAAGAUCAUCAACAUGUGGAACUGAAGACAGAGAAACUAAUAGAGAGAACAUUUAAUGAGGUGAAGGAGAGGAAAAAGGAACUAAAGAAGCCUCAGGAAACAGAAUAA